GGCAAGUCCAGAAACAUAGGUUACAUAUGAGGAUAAUUUGCUAAAACAUCAAGCUAUGCAGAAAAACUCCAAGAGGAACAAUAAUUCAAGAGUUUCUGGCAUAGAAUUGAAUUCUGUGGAUGCUGAGAAGGAAAAAAAAGAGAGUCAAAAUAACUUUGUUGAACUGCUGCCUCCAGAAGUUACUUUUAAAAUUUUCAGUCAGCUAGACAUUCGGAGUUUGUGCAGGGCUUCAGUAACCUGCAGGAGCUGGAAUAACACAGUAAGAAACAGUGACUCCUUGUGGAAACCUCAUUGCUUGACUCUAAGAGCUGUGUGCCAAAGAGAAAUAGACGAUGAUCUAGAAAGUGGAUAUUCCUGGAGAGUAAUACUAUUGAGGAAUUACCAGAAGAGUAAAGUGAAACACGAAUGGCUAAGUGGCAGAUACAGCAACAUAUGUUCUCCUCUGAGCCUACCAGAAAAAAUCAUGUACCCAAUGGAUGUAGAUACGUGGGGGGAAAUUCUAGAAGCAGAACUGGAAAGAUAAGCCAGAAAAUUACAAAGAUCUUGUAACUUUGAGACUUUCAAACAAAAAUGACUCUUAGGUUCAUUUUUUUGUUUACCAUUUUA